AUGUCAAUUUUAAAAGUCAUUAUUCUUUGUAUAAUAAUCUAUUGUACAGAAAGUACUGUGUAUGAUAUUACCACUUCAACUUUGAAUUGGCAAUCUAUUCUAAAUAAUUUAAAACCUGGUGAUAUUGUCACCAUUCAUCAGGGUACUUAUACGACGGCAGGUUCUGGAUAUUUUCAAUUAAUAUUGAAUGGUCAAUUAACACAACCGAUUAUUAUUCAAGGUGCACCAAAUGAAGCUCGUCCAAUUAUAGCGAAUCCAAAAACUGGUUUAGAUGCUCAGAAUAUUCUUAAUAUUCAAGGAUCUAAUUUUAUGCUAAAACAUUUAGCGUUUACUAAAGGUUCGAGAGGCAUACGUAUAGGACCAGCUGUUACAUUCAAUGCAGUAUUCGAUGAUCUUUAUAUUUAUGAUACUGGAAGUACGGCAUUUACAGCAAACGAUGCUGGAAAUGAAUACUAUAAUCUUACAUUGAGAAAUACUGAAAUCAGAAAUACAAGUGCUCUUGCAACAAUGGGUGGAUGUGUUUAUUUUGGUUGUGUGAAUGAUUUGUGUCGUGUACGGGAUUCUCUUCUUGAACAUAACUAUUGUCAUGAUACUCUCGGCUUACAAGAAGGAUAUCGACCUGGAUUUCAAGUUAAAGUACCAUUAUAG